AUGGCGCUCCUGCAGAAAUUGAAUAUGGAGGGGUGUGGAGGACGGGGGCUUCUGAUAUCAUCCCGGUCGAUCCAGUCGGCGAAAGGCCGGGCACGCAGCUUUCCUCCAUCCUGUCUCCGCUCAUAUCUAGGCAUAAGCCGUUUCUGCAGAGACGCCUCGCCGAGCUUGAAGGCUCUUCGUGAUGCGGGCAGGUCUGUCGGGCAGCAGGACACGGUGCCUCUCCGCCUGCUCUACAGCAGGCACAGCCACGGCCAGGUCGCUCAGGAGGAGCUCAGCACCAGGGCUAAAGCCGGCCCCGGCUCCGCACAGGUGAACCAUAUGGCCCAAGCAAGCUUUCAAGUUGAUGCUUUUGGUAGAGAAUUCAUCUUGGAUGUGGAACUGAAUCAUGAUCUGCUGUCUUCCGGGUACGUGGAGAGGCAUUUGUCAGAAAAGGGGAAGGCUAUCAUCACCAGUGGAGGAGAGCACUGCUAUUACCAGGGAAAGGUCAGAGACAUUCCUCACUCCUUUGUGGCUCUUUCAACCUGUCAUGGAUUGCAUGGGAUGUUCUUCGAUGGCAAUCACACCUACAUGAUUGAACCUGGAGGACAGGGCAGCAGCAAUGGAGAUGUCCAAAUUCACAUGAUAUAUAAAUCUGCAGGGCAAGAGGGAUUUAAUGACCUCCUCAAUGGUGAUCUGCCAGAGCCGCCAUUUCCCAGCCCUCCAUUUCCUGGGUCAAAAGUUGUUCACAGGAGAAAAAAGAGACAGGCUCCACAUGUGUCACGCAGUGUAGAGGAUGAGACCAAAUACAUUGAGUUGAUGGUGAUCAAUGACCAUUUAAUGUAUAAGAAGCAUCGGCUCUCCGUUGGGCACACGAAUAAUUAUGCUAAGUCAGUGGUCAAUAUGGCUGACAUGAUUUUCAAGGAACAGCUCAAUACCCGGAUAGUGCUGGUUGCCAUGGAAACCUGGUCAGCUGACAACAAGUUCAACAUUGACGACGACCCAAUGGUGACCCUGAGGGAGUUCAUGAAGUACAGAAAAGACUUCAUCAAAGAGAAGUGUGACUCUGUUCACCUCUUCUCAGGGAAUCGCUUUCAUAGCAGCUGGGGUGGAGCUUCCUACAUGGGAGGGGUUUGCUCCCUCACUAAAGGAGGUGGAGUGAAUGAGUACGGGAAAACGGAUGAGAUGGCCAUAACCCUCGCACAGUCUCUUGGACAGAACAUUGGCAUCUUCUCUGACAAGAAGAGGAUACUCAAUGGUGAAUGCAAGUGUGAUGAUCGUUGGUCAGGCUGUAUCAUGGAUGAUGUUGGUUUCUACCUGCCCAAGAGGUUCUCUGACUGCAACGUGGAGGAGUACCACAACUUCCUGAACAGCGGAGGAGGAGCCUGUUUGUUUAACAAACCUCUGAAGCUGUUGGACCCUCCAAUCUGUGGUAACAGCUUCGUGGAGCCAGGAGAGGAGUGUGACUGCGGCAGCCCCGCGGAGUGUGCCAGAGAUGGGGAUAAGUGCUGUAAGAAGUGUACCCUGACUCAAGGCUCCAAGUGUAGCAACGGACUCUGCUGCAACAACUGCCAGAUGGAGUUCAUGGGAGUUGUGUGUCGAGAUGCAGUGAAUGACUGUGACAUCCCGGAAAACUGCACGGGCAACUCCAGCCAGUGUCCAACAAAUGUGCACAAGAUGGAUGGCUACACAUGUGAAAAGGAUCAGGGUCGCUGCUUCAAUGGAAGGUGCAAAACCAAAGACAGACAGUGCAAGUACAUUUGGGGAGAGAAGGCAACGGCGGCUGACAAGUUCUGCUACGAGAAGCUCAACAUUGAGGGGACAGAGAAAGGAAACUGUGGGAAGGACAAGGACACCUGGAUCCAGUGUAACAAACAGGAUGUUCAUUGUGGUUACCUGCUGUGCUCCAACAUCUCACCUGCACCGCGACUGGGAGAGCUGCAGGGAGGGCUGACCUCUUUCUCCGUGGCCCGACACAGCGCUUCUCUUGACUGCAGUGGUGCUCACGUGCUGAUCGAUGGAGACACUGACCUGGGAUAUGUCGAGGACGGGACGGCCUGCGGGACAGACCGCGUCUGCUUCAAUCACAAAUGUCUCCCCAUCCAACAGUUCAACUUUAGUACCUGCCCGGGGACCACUGACAAGACCAUCUGCUCUGGACACGGGGUGUGCAGUAAUGAGCUGAAGUGUGUGUGUUACCUGGGCUGGGCCGGAGAGGACUGUAACUCCACGUCUCCUUUCAGUUAUCUUGUGGUGGGACCAACUGCCUCCGUUUCAGGUAUCACAAGUACAAACAUCAUCAUCGGGGCCAUCGUAGGUUCCAUUCUCUUCCUCGCCCUCAUACUGGCUGUUACAGCCUGGUGCUACAAGAGCUAUAAGCAGAGACGCUAUGUCGAGUCUGAAGUUCACCGAAGAUUCUGCCGGCAAAUGCCCCCAGGAGACUAUGUAACAAAGCCUGGGGAUGCAGAUUCAUUUUACAGUGACAUGCCUCCGGGUGUCAGCACAAACUCCGGCUGCAGCUCCAAGAAGAGGUCAGCCUGCCUGUCGCACCUGCAGAUUUGCACCCUGUCCUUCACUCCCUCCAUCCCAUCCAUUUCUCAGAACAUCUCACUGUUUGGCUUCAGAUCUAAUGGGCUGUCCCACUCAUGGAGUGAGAGAAUCCCAGAUGCCAAACACAUCUCCGACAUUUGUGAAAAUGGGCGACCGAGGAGCAACUCGUGGCAAGGAAAUCUGAGCGGUAAUCGUAAGAAACUGAAAGGAAAGAAGUUUCGCGCUCGCUCUAACUCAACAGAGACGCUAUCCCCUGCCAAGUCUCCCACUUCCUCCACAGGAUCUAUUGCAUCCAGCAGGAGAUACCCAUACCCCAUGCCCCCUCUCCCCGAUGACCAGAGGAAAGCCAACAGGCAGAGCGCCAGGCUGUGGGAGACCUCAAUAUAACAGCCGUCUUACCCACCCUGCAAAAGACCAAAAGGAACCACAGUUGUCUCUCCUUUUCUAUGAAUGAAAAACACAGAAAAAUGAAACAAAAUUGACUCUAAGCAACUAAAGAGAAAGAAAGAGAGCCCCCACUGGAGUGGAAAUAGGCAGAGGUGUGUGUGAGUUAAUGUGUACAAGCAUCUCCGAGGCUGUCUAGCCAGACAUUCAGUGGAUCUCUACAAGACGAUGCGGAGUGCCGGCGGAGAAACCAGCUCCACAUCCACUCCAGACCAGCUGGAGCUCAGACUGAGCUGUUCCUGUCUGCUCAGGCCUCAACUAUGGGACUUGAAACCCCACCACUCCGCCCCACGCCCCCUUACCUGUCCCUGAAACCUGAAACCUCGACACAUCCUCCUUAGCUCAGCUCUCUUGAUACUCUUCAAAACCACUGUCCCCUGAGUUGUUCAAGCUCAUCUCCAUAAAGGGGCAGCGGAGCCAAGGGCAGGUCAUCGUAUCACACUGCAUCGCUGGAUUUGUCGGAUCAUUUUGACGCACGUGAAUCACUGUAGAAACUCCAACACUGUAUGCAUGAGACAACCCUGUUUAUUGGCAACCUCCUCCUACUGAAAAGACGAGAAGAACAGCGGUCUGAUCUGAAAGGAAAGCAUGCGAGGGGGCAGUGAUUUUAUACCUUCUGUAGGCUUAGAUGCUUUCUCUCCACUAUAGGCAACCCAUAUUGUAUCACCAGUUAUAACCCAUAACCCAUGACAUGGACCCGACCCCGCCCUGCUCUUCCUCUCCUCUGUUUGUUUGUUCGCGUGUAAAUAUGUACAGUAAAAUACACACAGAGUAUGUUUUUGCUUUUAUUUUGAAAGAGGAAAAGAUCUUCUUCCUGCCGCAUUUUGUUGUAGACAGAAGCGGAUCUCUGUAGAUGAAUGUAGAGACCCCUCACUUUUUCUUCAGUCUGUGUUUCUACUUUUCAUCCUCAUUUUUUUCCUGUGACUAUGACCUCUAUAGCUUUCUCCAUCCACAGCAGAAUGUAAAAAAAAUUUUUUUUUUGUUUCUUUUAUUAAUAUUGGUUUCAUUCAUCUCUGGGAAACAUGAAGUAAUGACUGAGGAAGUAUUGACAAAGAUGUUGAGUGUGGCACAGUAAGAACAUUACUGAAAUGAUAUUAACUUAGCAAAAUUAAAAUAGUUUUAUGUGCCAUUCCUGUAUGAAGUGAAUGGACUGAGAUGUGUUUGGUGUAGUUAUAGACGUGCCACUUUUCUUUCAUGUGGUUUUUGGAAAUUUCCCCAUUGAUAAUGUUAAGAUGUAUUGAGUUUUCCCCGAUUCUACAUUUGGAUGUUUGAGACCAAUGUGCUCCCAUUUUGGCGAUAAGAGUACAUAAAGUCAAUAAGAAGUCAAUAACGUGAGUGUGACUGACAGCCUUACUCUGCGAGAAUCCCGAAACGGUGACUGAAAUGUGCAUUUUGGAUUUAGCUGUGACGAUUGAGAUAUUUAGCCUUGUAAAUGUUUAACUAUGCUGUACAGUGCUUGCUGUUUGAGCUUUUGAAGACCGACAGCAUGACAGUUCUAUAUAAAAUUAAGUUAUUUUUCUGGUUAUUUGUGAGACCAUACCGGGAAGGGAGCAUGUCACUGAAAGAAUUGUUCCCCUUAUUUCCUAUUGCUGUUGUGUACCACAGACUACACUGUUAUAGCAAAGUCGGGAAAAUUCAUGGCAGGGAGUCACAGGGUUUAAAAAUGAUUGAGAAUGGAGUUUUUGUCAUGCCAGUGUAGCUAUUUAAGGUGGAUUUCUCUGGAAACAAAUCCUGUAUCGCUCCCCAAAAGCAAGUUCUUUGUACAGUUACAACUCAUUGCUCUACCUUGUGUAGGAACAUUUGUCUUAAGGCCUCUUGUUUGUCAUUUUACUGUUGUUUAGUUUUUGUUCCGGUGUGGGCACUUGUUCAUUUGUAAUUCAUGUAUGCAUUAGGACUGUAUAGGUAAUAUGAUCAUCACAAUAUUGGACUAAUAUUGCUACUAGUAUCUUUUUUAUUAAGUACCUUUGUAAUGUUCACUUUUUUCUCAGCAUUAUGUACAGCAACUAUUCAAACGAUAAUUAAGUGCAUUAUUGUAUUUAUGUGUGUUGAGGAGUUUGAAUGGAGACAUGAGUUUUUUCUUCUUGUUUUGAUUACAUUUGUUCCUCUGGCAUGUGCUGAUCUGUGACAUAUACGUUUUUGGAAGCAGACGUUGUAAGUGAGAUCUGAACAGGCUCGUGAUUUGCCUUCAUCCAGAGCUUUCUUCUGUGCUCUGGUCUGCUUAAGGUAAUGGUUAGUGUCCAGUGGCCCAGGUUGUGAGCGCAGUAUCUCAGAGCUCUUGAGUAAUAUUUUUAACAUCGUAAUACUGUGCUACAGGGAGACAUUUGUCCUGGUGUCAUGGACAUUGCACUGUGACACACUUAAUGAUGGGACUCUGCAGCCUGCAGGGAUUUCUGUGACUAUAUAGCCGUCAAUCUUCCUGUAAAAAUAUCUGCUGUAUCUACGUCCCCACAGAUGUGCUGUCUGUCUCAGUCUGGCCAGAGACUUGAAUGUAUUCGUGUACUGGAACACACCAAUCACCCAGUCGCGACCAUGUGGUCCCAUCCUGCCAGACACAUCGGCACUCUGCUCCAGGAACCUUAAAAACCCCACAUGUACAUGUGCUAGUUCAAAUCUAAAUACUGCAGUUGCUGUCUUUUUUUAAUGUUUAUUUUUUCAUUUUUGCCUGUUUGCUGUACAGACUGAGGAUGCAAAAAUCAACCCCGAUAUUUUUUC